GCGUCGAGCUGAGCAAGACAUCAGCAUUGAGCCAGAUAGCUUUUUUUCUAUAGUAUAGCGCAUGAAGCAGCAGCUGUCGAACGCUUGAAUGGCUAUAACGGUUUAGCAGAGCAGAGAGUGCUGGCAGAGUGUUAGAGUGUUCGAGUGUGUGUGUGUGUGCUCGCGCCUUUAAGCAAACGUGUUUGUGCGAAAGUGUUACUUACUGCUGCUGCUCAAGCAAAAGGCAGUGUAGUAGAGUAAGAAGUAAGUGGAAGAAGAAGCAGCAGAAGUAAAGGCAGCGAAAAAAGGUGUAUGGAAAAAAUGAAAAUUUCCAAUUGAGAUUUCUAUUUUUUUUCUGCAUUUCGCUCUAAAACACACUGCUUAGUCUUUGUAUAGUAAAAGCAAUUACGCGUGUGAAAACGUAAACGUAACGUAAUGAAAUUAAGUGCAAAAGUAUACAACAAAAAUUAUGCGACAAUUUCCGGUGUGUGUGUGAAAACGGUUACUAACGUGUAAAAAAGCUGCGAAGUCAUUGUAUAACCAGCCGCCGCAAAUGGUGGAAAAUCGCAAACAUACAUACAUACAUAUAUACGGCGAAGUAAAUGUACGGAGCGUGCAUAUGUUGUUGUUGUAGUGAGUGCGACUGACACUUCGCAUGGCCAGUCAGCAAGUUGGUUAGUAAAAAAAUUGAAAAAAUAUUGAAUAAAAGCGUAAAAUAUUAGAGAAAAAAAUAUUUUGCAUACACUCAGGCGCAAAGAAGUAUAGCUCUUACUCCAGCUUAUGCAAAAAAAUUACUAAAAAAAUCUAAAAAAAAUAAAAUAAAAUACUUUGCUGCAAAAGAACACUCGCUUAAACACGCUGGCUGCUUAUACACCGCAAAUAUAUAUAAAAAACAGAUAAAGCAACGAAAAACUGAAGAGAGAAAAAGAUGAAAAGCAUCGAAAUCAGUUUUUAUGCGAAAGCAAUUUUUUUGUUUGCGGCAAAACCAAUUAAUGCAGCAGCAAUUGUGAGCGCUCGCCGCGGCAUCAACUAAAGCGAGAACUCAAAGCAGUGGUGGUGAUGAAACUAAAUACAAUUGCAGUAUAACUGUAAGUACGGAAGCGAAAGAGAGGAAAAGCCAAUAAAACGUCAGCGAUAUGCAAUAACAUCACCAGUAGCAACAACAACAGUAGCAGCAACAGCAAUGAGUGCUACAGUGAAAAAGUAAUUAAAAACGAACUUUAACCCAUUUAACUAUAGCGUUGGUGGUGGUGUUUACGAAGGCGUACAACGCCCACACAUACGAGCCACAUACCUACAUAUAUACUCAUACACACACUUGAAAGUGAAAUAAAUACAACAACAACAGCAAAAAAGAAAAAUUUUAGCAAACAUUUGAAAAGCAUUGAAAGUUUGCUUAAAGCGUUCGCUAGAAACCAACCACACGGCCAGGCGGCGGCUAGCGUGUACAGAAAGUGCCGUUAGUGUUUGAAGAAGUUGCUGAGGCGUUGAGAGUGGCGGUGUGUGUACGUGUGCCUGUAGAAGUGUGUGCGUGUAUGGAAAUUUCAGCGUAUCGUUGUUUGUGUAGUCGUAGUGUAGUAGCAGCAGCGCUGAAGCGGCAUACGUGUACAGAGGAACAGCAACAACAACAAGAACACAAACAAGAGCAACAGAAAAAACUGGAUUACUGUUCGGGGCAGCAACAACAACGAACAACGCUAACAAAAUGCAGAAGGAAAAUAAUACGACAGCGGAAAAUUGCCAAUUUGUGGGGCCAUAUCGUCUGGAGAAGACGCUGGGCAAAGGACAGACGGGCUUGGUUAAGUUGGGCGUACACUGUGUGCUCGGUCGUAAGGUGGCCAUUAAAAUAAUCAAUCGCGAAAAGCUCAGCGAAUCGGUGUUAAUGAAGGUGGAACGUGAAAUUGCUAUUAUGAAAUUGAUUGAUCAUCCACAUGUCUUGGGAUUGAGCGAUGUUUAUGAGAAUAAAAAAUAUUUAUACUUAAUAUUAGAACAUGUUUCGGGUGGUGAAUUGUUUGAUUAUUUAGUGAAAAAAGGACGACUGACGCCGAAGGAGGCACGUAAAUUUUUCCGUCAAAUAAUAUCAGCAUUGGAUUUUUGUCAUUCACAUUCCAUAUGUCAUCGAGAUUUGAAACCCGAAAAUUUGCUGCUGGACGAAAAGAACAACAUCAAAAUUGCCGAUUUUGGUAUGGCUUCGUUGCAACCGGCCGGUUCUAUGUUGGAAACCUCAUGUGGAUCGCCGCAUUAUGCAUGUCCCGAGGUCAUAAGGGGUGAAAAAUACGAUGGACGUCGUGCGGAUGUUUGGUCCUGUGGCGUUAUACUGUAUGCGCUAUUGGUGGGCGCAUUGCCCUUCGAUGACGACAACCUACGCCAGCUGUUGGAGAAAGUGAAGCGCGGCGUGUUUCACAUACCGCACUUUGUGCCGCCCGAUUGUCAAAGUUUAUUGCGCGGCAUGAUUGAGGUGAAUCCGGAUCGACGACUGACGUUGUCCGAAAUCAAUCGCCAUCCAUGGGUCACGGCUGGCGGUAAAGGUGAACUGGAAUUGGAACUGCCGAUGAUGGAGGUGGUGCAAACGCAUGUCAUACCGUCCGCCUCAGCAGUGGAUCCGGAUGUUUUAAAUGCGAUUUGCUCGCUGGGUUGCUUCAAGGAAAAGGAUAAACUCAUACAAGAGCUAUUGAGUUCGAAUCACAACACAGAGAAGGUUAUAUAUUUUCUACUUUUGGAUCGCAAACGAAGGCGUCCUGCCUUGGAGGAUGAUGAUGAAAUCGCUCAAAAAUCACGUAGUGAAUUAGAUGCAGUGGAUCCGCCCAGAAAACGACUCGAUACUUGUCGUAUAAAUGGUACGAAUUCGCCCAGCUAUGGACAGAUAUCGGAAGGUUCACCACUAACGCCUAGACGGCAAGCUUUCAACUUCCGGUCCUACAGCAGUUCGCGUAAUCACCAGCGUCGCUCGCCCACUUCGGUUUCCUCGGUGCGUUCCUCGUCAUAUCACAGUCCCACACGCUGCAAUUCGCCCAUUAAUUCGGCGCAACAACAAGUGAAUGCCAUUUCACGUCCAUCCUCGCCAGCGGCCCCAUCCGCCGGACAUUCGUCCCGACACUCAACCUAUUCGAGUGAAUGCCGCGAGCGUUCCGGUUCGUCACAACAUCAUCCGUCUGUAAGUCGUACACCCUCACACUCUUCGCAAAGCGGCGUGGAGGGUAUUAUCGGUGGUGGCAGUGGUGGUGGCAGCGGCAGCGAUAUUGUUGCUGUGCGUGAAGCACGUGAGGCCCGCGAACGUCGAGACUCACGCAGUGAACGCCAGUCAGCGCUGCAGGUGAGCUGUGGUGGUGUGCCCGGUAGUCCUGGUGGCGGCAGCAGUAGCGGUAGCGGCUCAACUGUGCAUCAUCGUGCCAAUUCGGGACCGACUAUAGCGAUUAGCAUGUUCCACGAUCCGGAAGCGAAUAGUGUUAUGAAUCCUACAACAUCGCCACUAAUGAACAACAGCUCACCAGUAAUGCCUGGUUCACCAUGCAAUGCGCCCGGUGGUCAGCUGUGGAAGACGCGUCUUACAAAUAUUAAAAAUAGUUUUCUGGGUAGUCCACGCUUUCAUCGAAGAAAGCUACAAGUUUCCGCGGACGAGGUGCAUUUGACACCCGAAUCAUCGCCCGAGUUGACAAAACGUUCAUGGUUUGGCAAUCUAAUCACCACAGAGAAGGACGAAACUUUUACGAUUUUGGUAAAAGGCAAGCCCAUAGCGACUGUGAAGGCACAUCUGAUACAUGCUUUUUUGUCGAUGGCAGAGCUUUCGCAUAGUGUCGUCUCACCCACAUCCUUCCGUGUAGAAUAUAAACGUAAUGGCAAUGGACCGGUCAUGUUUCAGCGACAUGUCAAGUUUCAGGUGGAUAUAAGCGCAAUUUGUAAACAAGGAGAUAUAUCGGAUAUGCUGUUUGCACUGACAUUCACUUUGUUAUCAGGCAACAUACGUCGUUUCCGUCGCAUCUGUGAGCAUAUACAAUCACAAGUGUGCUCAAAACGUUUCCCCGGACCGAGCAGUCCACCCACAGUGGCUACCGUUACGCAAGCCGUUUCGGAGAGUUCGUCAUGUGGUUCGGUCUCAAGCGAACGUUUGUCCUAUAAACGUCAACAGAUUGAGAAUGAAAUUGAGAAUGAUUCAAUAUUUGUUUUCAAAUCGGGCAAUGGCCGUCGUGCAUCGACAACAAAUAAUAAUAAUGCACCGCCGGCGGAUAUUGUGCCCGCUAGUCCAAUAGCAGUGCGCUCAAAUUCCGAAACCGAGCAGCACGAACGCAAUCGUGAAUUGCAGAGUGAUCGUCAGGCGACAACAAUGUCAGGGAGUGCAAUAGCAUGAGAAUUAUUUCUCUGAUUUAGUUACAUUUUUAUAUAAAAGUAAUUUUUUUCCAAAACUAAGAACAAACAAAAAAAAAUGCAAAAACAAGAGAGAAGAAAAUACACAAAAAAUAUAUCGAACUACAGUCUUACAAUUACGAGUUAUACUUAACAAUAGUAACAUAUAGCAAAUUAAACAAUUUAGUAAACAAUAAAUAAGAUUAAAGAAUUAUGUAAGAACUACUAAGAUUUGCUAAGUAUCAAUUACAUUUAUGUUGUAAUGGAAAAUAGUGCUUGUAAUGAAAUUAUGUUGCUUGUAAACCAAUAACUACUGAGUUAUUAUGUGCUUUAAAGCUUUCGGAGCUUUCAUUAUUAUUAUAUAAUAUAUUUGCAUACUUACACAAUUUUGAGCUUUCAUUUGUAUGUGUUUUAUAACGAUUUGUUAUGUUAAGUUAUAAAAAAUUUCAAAAGCUUUAAGUACUACAAAAAGCUUUCGAAUAAAAAAGCUUUCAUUUAAAUAUUUUUUUGUAGUUUUCUAAAUCGUACAUUGUUUUAGGAAUUUUGAAUAAAGUUUUUUAAGUGAUUCAGUAAAAGCUUUCACUGAAAGCACAUACACAGCUUUUUGGAACUUUACUUGGUAUUGAACGAAAAUAAUUUAAAAUUUCAAAAGUCUUAAGUACUUACACCAAAAGCUACUACUAAUUGUAACCAAAAGCUUCUCCACCUUACAAACUUUUCAUAGCUUUUUAGAACAAUUCAUUAUUAUAUGUGUGCAUACUUAAAAAAUUUUAAGCUUUUAUUUGUGUGUAUUUCAAAAGGAUUUAUUAAAUUUUCAAAGGCUUUAUGUACUAUUAAAAGCUUUCGAAUAAAAAAACUUUAAUUUAAAUAUGUAGUUUUCUAAAAUGUUUUAGGUAAUGUACAAGCGAAUUUUGAGUAAAGAUUUUUAAGAGAUUCAGUAAAAGCUUUCACUGAAAGCACAUACACAGCUUUUUGCAACUUUACUUGGUAUUGAACGAAAAUAAUUUAAAAUUUCAAAAGUCUUAAGUACUUACACCAAAAGCUACUACUAAUUGUAACCAAAAGCUUCUUCACCUUUCAAGCUUUUCAAAGCUUUUUUAGAACAAAAUACUUUUUAUUAUUUUAUUUACCAUUUUCGUUACUGCUGUACUGAACGUAAUGCAAACAAACAUUGUUGCCGCCGAGCCGAAAAUUUUCGCUAUACCAUUUUUGAAAAGAACUCAAAGCGAAAUUGCGUAAGAAAAUCAUUAACUGUUGUAAAAUUUGUAGCUUAAUAUGCAAUAAGAUGAAAAAGAGAAUCUAAGAAUCUAAGAAAGAAUUGCAAAAAGUUAAAAGCAUAGAAAAGAUAAAUUGAUAUUUUGUAGAAGUUAGUUGAAAAGCAUUAGAAAUAGUUAAAGCAAGAACACUUCAAAGUAGUUACACUCACAAACGAAAGUAUGUACUUAUAUACAGCAACACAUAGUAUUAAAAUAAAAAUCGAUUGAGAUGAAAAUAAAAUAAGUAAAAACAACAAAAGAAACAAAAAUGCAUAGUUAUUGAAAACAAACGAAGGCAAGUAAAUGAAAAAUGAAAUAUUUUUGAUGAAAGCAUAUGUGCGAAUGUGUAGCUUUUUUAGACAGAAAAGCACAGAAGUUCUUGUAUUUCUUUGGAAAUAAGCACUUGCAUACUAACAGUUAAUUUUUAAUUUGCGUCAUU